AGUCACCUUGGUGCGACGGACAACCAGAGAAGGUGGCUUGUUGCUGGAAUCGCACUCAACAAGAUCCUUGUGCCACAGAUCCGUCCUUUUGUGGAGCAAGAGGUUGAUAAGCAAUACAACAAUCUCAAGACAAGCCACAGUAUUCAUUUACAAAGUACAAAAGGGUUUCUUAAAUGCUGGCCCCCAGGAAAGCAUUUAAAUUACGAGAACAUCAAUGGCAACAAACUUCACGCAAAGCCUUCUGAUUGUAAAGUCAGAUCUCACAUUGACUUUGCCAGAUUGUAUGUUAAAAACUUUAUGGCCAAGUUCAAUGCUUUCGAUGAUCACUGUGAUGCGUCAGCUGUUCUGAUAUUGCUUGGGAAUGUUCCUGUGUUCUCAGGUCCUGUGCAGACUGCUGCUGGUGAUGUAAGAGUUGUAAGGAAUGCCUGGGCGCACUGUGUGUUCAGUGAGUGGGAUCCCACCAAGUUUAAGCAGGUCUUUGCUAGUAUGGAAAAACUUGUCAUAACAUUGGGUCUGCCAGCCGCAGAUGAAGCAAAGCUUCUUGGAGAACUUCAAGACUGGGAAACAAAAGGUAAGGCAAUUAAUGACCACACAAAUUUAGAAGAGAAGUCAGCAUCGUAA